UGUAGGGGAGCCCGGCUGCAAACCUGGCAGCGGAGAUGGCGGCGCCGCAACCGUGCGCGGACGGCUCCUGUUGUUCGCACCCCGGUGCGGUGCCCGGGGUACAGCAGACGCUGGAGGAGAUGGACUUUGAGAGGGGUGAGAAGGGUGAGGCGGCCGCGUGGCUGGAGUCAGGCAGUUCCCAGUCCCAGCCCCCGGAACGUGAACCAAAGGAGGCCGCGAACCGAGUUUGGAGCUUCCGGGCCUGGGGCAGGAAGCCCUUCGGCCGCAUCGAUUCGAGAAUCUGGUUGGCAGCCCUGAAUGGAGACCUGGGCCGCGUGAAAUAUUUCAUCCAGAAGGCCACAGACCCCAGCCAGCCUGACUCUGCCGGCUAUACCGCGCUGCACUAUGCUAGUCGCAAUGGGCACUAUGCUGUUUGCCAAUUUCUGCUGGAAAGUGGAGCAAAGUGUGACGCCCAGACCCACGGGGGUGCCACAGCCUUGCACCGGGCCAGCUACUGUGGGCACACGGAAAUUGCACGACUGCUGCUUUCCCAUGGGUCCAACCCUCGGCUGGUUGAUGAUGAUGGCAUGACCAGCCUACAUAAGGCCGCAGAGAAGGGUCACGAGGACAUCUGCUCCCUCCUGUUACAACACAGCCCAGCCCUGAAGGCUGUCCGGGAUCGCAAAGCACGCCUAGCAUGUGAUCUGCUGCCCCGCAACAGUGGCCUGAGGGACCUACUGGCCAGCUGA